AUGGCUACUCGCACCAUGGAAGCCCGAACUGGCCGGACAAACCAGCGAUACUCACCGACAGGCGAGCGUCUCGUCGCAGGCGUCGUCCCGCUCUCCCCCGACAAGUCCAAGGUCCUGCUCAUCCAAUCUGCCCGCCCCGGCGCCUGGGUGCUCCCCAAGGGCGGCUGGGAGCUCGACGAGCCCUCCGCCCAGGUCGCCGCCGUCCGCGAGGCGUGGGAAGAGGCCGGCGUCGUCUGCACCGUCACCUCAGACCUGGGCAAGAUCCCCGACAUGCGCAGCGCAGUGCAGAUAUCGGCCAAGGCGCCGCGCGUGCUCUACCAGUUCUUCGAGGUGCGCGUGGAUCGCGAGGAGAGCCAGUGGCCUGAGAUGCACAAGCGGAAGAGGCAGUGGGUGACUUAUCCGCAGGCGGCGGCGGCGUUGGUUGCGCGGCCGGAGCUGCUCGACGCCCUCAACAGGAGCUCCAUCAAGCGGUGA